AUGAUUCUCAACAAUAAUUAAAUUAAUUAUUUUAGAUUUCAUAACAAAAUAUGGAAGAAGAAUUCCCAAGUUGCUCUAUUGGCCAAUCAGCUAUUACACAUGUAAAAAGAAACGGUGGCACUGUUCUUUUACGUGGAGGACACCAAUAUGUAUUAAAGGAAAAAUAUAAAAAUGGAACCGCAGCAUGGGAAUGUAUUAACAGAAAAAAACAGAAAUGUGGUGGCAAAAUAACUGUUAAGGACAAUCAAAUUGUAACAGAGAAGAGACAUGAAUGUCAACCGGAUUUCAUUAAAAACGAAAUUGAUGAGGCUUUAUUUAAAUGCAAACAAGAUGUAUCGUCACCUGAAUUCCCAACUGUUACCUCAGUCUAUAAUGCUGCAGUUGCAUCCUACAAAAACUCUGGCUUUGAUUUGAUACAGAAAAUUCCACCUUUAAAAAGUGUAAAAAGUACAUUAUACCGAGCGAGAAAUGCCUCAAAGGGAAUGAAAAAAAUUAAAUACACGAAUUUGGCAGAAGUGGAGAUACCGUCAACAUGCAUGGAUUUUUUAUUAGCCGAUUAUUCAUAUGAUGAACAACGUAUUUUAGUAUUUUCUUCUCAAAGAAGCAGAGCAGUCAUAUCUCAGGGUAAACAUUUUAUGGGUGACGGAACAUUCAAAAGCUGCCCAACUCCAUUUCUGCAGCUCUACACAAUACAUUGCGACAUUGGUAGCACCGACAAAUCAACUAAUAUUAUUCCAGUUGCUUAUGCAUUACUCAGCAGCAAAGAUACUGAUACAUAUGAAAAACUGUUUUAUAUAAUUAAAUCUCAAAUACCAGACUGGAAUCCGAUUACAUUCAAAACAGAUUUUGAAAUGGCAGCCAUGAAUGCUAUUAUAUCAGUGUUUCCAAAUGUUAUAAGAAAAGGCUGUUAUUUUCAUUUUUCCAAAGCCGUAUGGAAGAAAGGCAAAGAUUUAGGACUAACUAAAUCUAAAAUAACCCGCAGGCAAGUUGCACUCUGUGCCGUACUCCCAUACUUGCCACAAGACCAAAUUUUUAAUGGCUGGUUCUACAUAGCUGCGCACAGCCCAGACGAUAAAAAAAGCAAGAUUUUUCGUAAAUAUAUGGUUACUCAGUGGCUUCGCGAUGAUUUUAUACCCCUAUGGUGUGUAUUUGGGGAGCGUCAUAGGACUACCAAUAAUCUUGAGUCUUGGCACAACAAACUUAACAAGCUUAUCAAAAAGAAACAACCGAAUAUAGUGGAAUUAAUUAAAGCACUGCAAAGCGACGCCUCUUAUUACGAAGUUAUAUCACAACAAGAUCGAAAUGUAUGUAAUCGUUUGAAGCAGUCUAUACAUUGGGAUAAUUUUAUCCUCGAAAAAACUUUAGAAUUUAUAGAUGGACAAAUAACAAUAGGUCAUCUUCUGGAAAUGCUACGAUAAUUAGAAGUGAUGAAACUUAUCUGUGAUUAAGAUUAAUAAAUCAAAACAAUUAUUUAUUAUAAUAAUUGUUUUGAUAAUUAAUGAUAAGAUUAAUAAAUCAAAAUAAUUAAGCAAUUAGCAUUUAGUGAAACUGAAUCUUAUCUGUGAUUAUAGUACUAGUAAGUUAAAAGCAAUUAUUUAUAGUAUAACUAAAAAAUAAGGUAGCAUUAAGUAAAACCGAAACACUACUA